AUGAUCAUCACUGUUAUGUCUACUGCGACGGUCCGCGUCCUCUUGCGAGUAUACUUCAUCGUCUUCAUAGCUGCCACCGCGUGGAUCUCCAAGAUAGCUUUGCAUAUAUUAGCCAAAAUCAUCGUCGCCCGCCACCGUACGGUUUCUGCCACGAGCGCCAUCGGCUCGCUAGACGGCCUCGACCUUGUGCUCACCUCGUUCCGGCUUCGCAGGCUCGCAGGCGGCACUGUGGGAUUCUCCAUACUGCUGCUCCUGUUUCUCUUGGGAAAGGCGGCCGACGUGCUGACUGCCUACCUCGUUGUCAGCAAGCCCGUAAAGGACAGGUGCUGGUUCGGCCAGGGCCUCAUUUUCAACGACUCCGUGCCCAACGUCUAUUCGCAAGUCAACGGGAGACCGGUAGCCGUGUUACAGAAUGCGCAGAUCUUUGCCGUCAACAAUACCUGCCCCUACGGAAUAUACAAAAAAGUCAACCUCGACCCAUCGUUCUGCCCCGAUGACAAGGACAUCAUCGGCUCGUGGAAGUGCGAGACGACGGCGUCGCUUACUCUUCCGGCGGGGACUUCAAACGUGACCAUCAUCAACGACCUGGUAUCCAAGAAGAUGCUUCACACGAACUGGUUCGAUGAGUACAGCGGCAACACCGGCGCAGGAUCCAACACUAACCACCUCGUUGUAUGGAGCACCUCAGCCGCCGCCAACUCUGACGGAUCAGACUGGGGUGUGCUGGCUGCCGUCCAGAAGAACUGGGAACCAGACGAGCCGGUACAGCUCGAGGCCCUCAAAUGUAUCAUGAAUGCGCCCGGGGCGACAAACACGGCCCAAAGCAUGGCCUCCGUUUACGACCUCAAGAUCUGGGCGCCCACGUUUCAGGGCUUGAUGUAUUGGGGCACCAACACGCCUGCUGUUAACAACGUGGCCGAUCAGCUGGCCAUGCUGCUCAACACCAUGGUCAUGAUCUCCGGAGGACGCAACUACCUGCUUGCAACGCCGGGGGUCCGACAAGACCGGACGCAGGGGUGCGUCAAGCCCGCGGCGUACGUGCCGCCAACCAUGAUUGCAUUAUUUCUGCUUGUACUGGCGCUUUCCCUCCUUUCCUUGCUCGCGUUUCUCACCUUGUUCCUUUGGUAUAGAAUUCUGAAGGGGAACUUGCCCGAGGACGACGUGCGGGAAAUCGAGACGGUUCCACAGGAUGUGCUUGAGUGGGCGCUGCUCGCGGUGCGCGGGCACGCAUAUAGAGCCCGCUUACCACAGCCAAGUGCUGCUGUUCACAAUGCCCAAGGCCAUGGAAAUAACGGGGAGGAGAUGGAGGAGCUGUACCCUGUGAAUCUUGGCGAGAACGACUUGACGGCCGCAAACGGCGCCAAUAUGGACAUGCCGCUGAUUCAACAAGGCCCUGGAGCGCCUGCGGCUGGCGAUCUGGGCGGCGUGGGUGAUGCAGCUGGUGUUUUGCCGAUCGAGGCGAGAGAAUUAAGAGAGUUCCAAAUCGGUCUUGGACAAGUUGAUGGGGAGGGCAGGACAGUCAGGAUAUUUAGGCGCCCUGGCAGGUAA